AUGGCUCGUACAGCUCAACGUUUAGCUAUUAUAGGUGCUAUUACAGCAAGUAUUAUUGGUUAUCUAUAUCAUGCACCUAAUAGUGAUGGUAUCGCACAAAUGAGUCGAGUUCGAGGAUUGACUGCAACAAUGAAAAUAGUUCAUGUUAUUGGUACAGUAGCUGAAUUGUUUGGUAUAUCGGAUCGUGUUGCAGUUGUUCGAAAAUUUUCAAGUUUGAGUCGACAUGCAAAAGAUAAAAAAGAUGAUGCUGGUCUUGCGAUUGAAGAUACUUUUAUUGAAAAUAUACCAGUUAGAAUUGCUCGUCCAUUGAAUAAUAACGGUAAUUUACCAGCUAUUGUCUUUUUUCAUGGUGGUGCAUUUUAUAUGGGAUCUGUUGAUACACACAAUUCUAUUACUAGCUAUUUAGCACGAGAAGCAAAUGCGGUUGUUAUAUCUGUUGAUUAUCGUCUCGCACCAGAAUAUCCUUUCCCAGCUGGCGUUGAUGAUUGUUAUACAGUGACAAAAUAUGUUCUUGACCAUGGUGAUUCACAAAAAUUACGCAUUGAUCAAAAUCGUGUUGCUAUAGCUGGUGAUUCAGCUGGUGGUAAUUUUGCUGCUGUAAUUGCGAUGCGUUUUGCUAGUCAAUCUCAUCACAAGCAUUCACCUCGCAUUCAGAUUCUUAUCUAUCCUUCUUUGCAAUUUUUCGAUCUUAUGCUUCCAUCUUAUAUUCAGGAGCAUUAUCAAUUUUUUCAAUAUACUGCUGAUCAUACUUUAUCUGCUUAUGUAAAUGAAAAAAUUGAUCCAUCAGUUUAUUCCAAUAAUCAUUUAAGUGUUGAACAAAAGAAGCAUUAUCGUAAAUAUGUUGAUUGGUCUUUAAUUCCAUCAAAAUAUCGAACAGUUUAUAAAAAUCCAAUUACAGAUGAUCAGGAAGGUGAUCCACAAUUAAUUGAAAAAGCUAAAAAAGUUUUAGAUCCAGAAGUGUCUCCUUUACUUGUCGAUGAUCAAAAAUUAGCUAAAUUAAUGCCCACCUAUAUAUUAAGUGUUGGUCAUGACCGUUUACGUGAUUGUGCAUUCAUCUAUGAAGGUCGUCUUAAACGUGUUCAUGUGCCAGUUGUUCAUGAUCAUUAUGAACAUACAUUUCAUGGUUCAAUAGGCUUUUUGCAUGGACCAUUUGCAUUGGAUAUUGCACAUGAAAUGAUCAGUGGUGUUGUGAAAUAUAUUAAAGAGAAUCUAUAA